AUGUCGACUGAGAGCGGGAGCAGCAGCAGCAGCUCGAAAGGCGCAGCCAUCGGCGGUGGUCGGAUGCCAUCCUCGUUGCAAAAGCGCUUCCCGCGCAUCGCCUUUGUUGCCAACAAGAUUAUCACCUCGCGCACAGGUCGCACCACAGCAAAAGCUUGGUCCUAUCGUCGUCCUCUCCUGUUUGGCUUCUUUGCUACCUACACGGCGGUCGGAUACCUCAAGCUCAAACGCGACGCCUACCUCCGCGACCUCAUCCAUCCCGAUACCUACCUCGUCUGGAAGAUCUACGAUGGCUCUAUUGUCGAAUCGCGCGGCCCACCCUCAGUUAGCGCGCUCAUCAACGCCCCGGCUGCUGGCGAAGAGGCGCCUCGUGUGAUGGAGAUGUUCGAAGUCAUCCGUGCACUUAAGUGGGCUCAGGCGGACGAGCGCAUCAAGGGCAUCUUUGCCGACUUUAGCGGUCUGCAUCUGCCGUCGUCGGUGACGCCAAACAGACUCGGAUUGGCACAGAUCGAAGAGCUCAUGCAAGCGAUUCAUGAAUUCAAGCUGGCCAAGAAGCAGCAACACGGCGAGCAGGCGAGACCCUCGAUCGCGUGGGCCGACACCUUCAACAGCCAAGGCUCGUUCCUCCUCGCCUCGGCCUUCGACGAGCUGUGGAUGCAGCCUGCCGGCUCGAUCCCGUUAACUGGUCUUGGCGCCCAGAUUCCCUUCUUCAAGAAGGUACUCGACUACUUCGGCAUCAGGGUCCUGGCCGAAGCGCGAAGAGAGUACAAAUCUAUGAUUUCAACCUUCAGCCGCGAAGACUCGCUGCCGGCACCGCAGGUUCAGAACGAGGCCGAGCUGCUCGGUGAGCUCAAUCGUGGACUCGUGCAUGCAGUCGCUGUAAACAGGUUUCCCGACCAAGACCCGGACGCCAUGUCGCGCAAGGUUGAGGCUUGGAUGAAGGAGGGUCCCUUCUCGACACGCGAAGCCAAGGAGCUCGGUUUGAUCAACGGCGCUGCCUUCAAGAGGGAUAUUAUCAAGAGGCUCGUCGAUCCAGCACACGGUGGUAACGACGAGACCAAGUUUAAAUCGCUGCACCACUACAACAAGGUCAACGACCGCGCUCUCGAGAGACAGCUCACCGACGACGAGGUCGUCCAAGUGGGUGUUGUCUACCUCCUCGGCGGCAUUAGCUCGGCGCCUGGCGAGUUCUCCACCUCGUCCGUGCUCAAGGGUCUUAAAGAGGCUGCCGAGAACGAAGAUGUCAAGUCGAUCGUGCUGCGAAUCGAUUCCGGGGGAGGAGAUGUUGUGGCGAGCGAGUCCAUCUGGGACGCCGUGCGACGUGUGCGCGAAGAUUACGGCAAACCCGUUGUCGCUUCCUUCGGCAAUGCUGCCGCUUCGGGAGGAUACUACGCUGCCAGUGCCGCCGACGCCAUCCUUGCCUGCGAGAACACGGUGACUGGCUCCAUUGGCGUAGCUUCGCUUCGUCCAACCAUCACUAGCGCCUUCUUCGACAGAUUCAACAUCGGCAUCCAGUCCUUCUUCACCGGCUCCACAUCGCAGUCGACUCUCCAUGAUCUCGACGAAGCGCAGCGAGCCAAGUCUUCCAAGCACAUUGAUGAGAUGUACGACGAAUUUCUUCAAAAGGUCUGCGAUGGACGUGGCAUCUCGCGCGAUAUCAUCGAAAACUUGGCAGGAGGAAGGGUCAUGACCGGUCUCAGUGCCUGGGCUCGCUGCAAUCCUGAUGCCGAGGUCGAGCAGGUGCAACUCAACAACAUGGCUCCACAGGCCGAAAGGAUCGUCGAGCUGGGACAACACGCUGGUGCAGGCAAAAACGACGCAGUCAAAAAUGCAGAGGACAAGACAGUGCCUGAGACGGUCAAGUCGGCCGUGCGCCGGAUCAAGGCAGUGAGCCUCACCAGCCAGUGGAAGACGCAGCAGGUGACAGCAACCAGCGGCAAUAACACGGUCAUGAUCGAGCGCGUUGGUCCUAAUCAGUCUUGUGCGCCUCCUUCCAGUGAGAGCAACGGCGGCAGCAACAGUGGCGACCACAACAGCAUUCUCUCCGACUUGAUCGCCAAGGCAGAAGAGGCUCUACUGGGUCGCCCUUUAGCCGUCAGCAGCAGUGCUUCUGCUUCUACCUUUGAGCCUUCUGACGAGAGUCUCACUGGGUCCGAGAAACUCAAGGAGCGCAUGGAAGAGGAGGAAUCGCGCCUGGCUGCGGCUGCCCAUUCAGCGGCCGAGGAAUCGCGAAGCCAUGCAUCGGACAGCGACGACGAGAUCAAGACGCCGGGAGUGGCUGCUAGUGAGUCCGGAGAUGCGGCCCAAGCCAAUUUGGGUCCCUACGGCAAAGGAUUGGUAGACUCGAUCGGAGGCAUUUGGGAUUCGGCCUAUUAUGCCAUGACGCUUGCGCUGCAAGCCGAGAUCGAGUCCAUGGUGACCAACGACAAUCUCACCAUCGAGCAGGCCACGGCCAAGAUCCGUCCAGGAGCUGACCGCGCAGUCACGGACGACGGCAUGCUCGCGCUUUCCACCGACCUGAGGCUGGUCCGCUUCCCCGAAGAAAAGCCAUUCUGGAAAAAGGUGCAGGAGCUCAACGCCAAAGGCGACCUGCCCCAGUUGUUUUUGCUUCCCAGAGCAGUGACCAGUACAGUGGCAAUGAUGAUGGAAGAGGCAGGCGAGAGAGCUGCAAGGGCAGCGGUCAGGCUGAUGAUCGCAACUGCAGCCGACCCUAGCGGUGUUGCAGCUGCCUUCGACGAUCCACAGCUUGCUCAGAAGCUGCGUACCAGCAACGGUCUGGGAGCGGGCAACACCAGAGGACGAGCAAGGGCUGAGUACCCGCUGGCGUCCCUGUUCAGCUAG